AACAAUGAAUCCAACUAGGUGGUAUUGUUAAUUGUGACGAUGCACAACUCUGAGGUCUCAGAGCAGAUUGAGUCACUUAGUGGUCACUUUGGCCUUAUGGCAAGGUGCUCCAUCAUGCUGGAAAAGGAAAAAUAUUUUUCUUACACAAGGUUUUAAUGUAGGAAAACAGCCCACAAAAAUUAAAUUGCUGUAACUGGAAUUUUUAUAGCCUACUAGUUGUAAGCUAUGACGUAUACUUGUAAAAUCCUUCUAUAGGAUUUGUUCACAGGAGUUUGAACAUCACCAUGGUACAUCGAUAAGAAUGUAGGAGGGACAAGUGUUUCAGUUUAAGCCAUUUAUUUCCACUACGCACACCUGAAGAGCAAUAGGAGAUGAAGAGGCUUGACGGUUAUAGUUUUCUACAAAUAACGAAGGAUUACAAUACAGUUAACCAAUGUCUAACAUAACACUUAACAACUAGGUGCCUAAAAAUAAACAUUUGUACUCUAACCAAAGGGUGAAGGUAGGCCUACCACUACUGAAAUUAUAAAGUACUACCUAACAAGACAUUCAUUUAACAAUUACAUAAUCUAAGAAAUUCAUCAUGGACUAAGUUAGGUUAUACUGUUUCCUGCCUUUCCUUAAGAACUACAAUUAACAAACCAUGUGCACUGCGCACUUACACACAAUGUGUCUCAAGGCAAACAAUUAAGAUGAAGAUUAUGGCAUCUACUAAUAUAUAUCAGUGAAGCAUUCAAUCACAUCCAGUUUACAAAUAAUCAUUAAGAGACAGCAAAUGUGAAAAGGGCAAUAAACUCACACACACAACCAUAGGUAUAUAUCUGAAUCUAUCUCAGAGACACUCAUGUGUUGUUUGUGUUGCUGCCAACCAGAAUAAAGGGAAUGGGUGGAGCUUAUAAAGUAGACCAUUGAUUAGGAGUGAUAUAUCAAUAUUAUCCUACCAUUAAAGUUUUUAUUUAUUGUUAUAAUAUUAAUACUAAUAAACUAAUUUAAACAAGUUCUUCCUGCAGGUUUUGGAAAGCGCAUCUGCACUGGACAGAUUUAGAUUUGUGUUUUUGUCUGAAUUUUGUCUAUCCCUUAAUGUAAACAAGACAUUUCAACUAUAAAUUGAUGCAGAAAGGGCAGAAAUUGGUGCCAAAAACUUCACCAGAAUGCAGGAAAUCUUAAAUGCUCAAAGUUUUGUUUUUUACCUGAUGCCUGACCCAGAUGAACACUUAAAGCCCCAUGUUCAGUGCAUGGCCGUUAGAAAGGUAGCUAUUUUGAGCUCAUGAAACAGUUAUCUACUAAACACUUCCAUUAUAUACAGCUGCAUAAACUUCUAUCUACAAUACAAGUCAAAGUUAAAAUGUAUUUGUGGAAAAUGUGUUUUAUGCUUUAAAAUUUUUAUUUACCUUUCUUUGCCAACUACAUUGUGAUGCUCGUACUGAUUACUGUCAAAUUACUUGUAUUAAAAUGAUUGAAAAGAGCUAUGUGUACUGCAGUGCACAUGGAAACAGCAGCAACAGCUUGAAAUGUUCAGGCUCCAGACUUGUUUUUCUCUUCAGAGGCCCCCAAGAGUCCACCAGUGUUAUGUAAUAUUAUUAUGUAACAUUUUGUAACGUUAUUGGGGCCUUUGCACUCAGCCUCCUCCACUCCUCACCCAGAUACCGAAAGACACACCACCACCCUAUCUGCAGGAGGAAAUCUGUGAUUUGCAGGGAGCUUUUUAAAAUAUCUUUAUCAUGAUCUUUCAAGCACUUUUUGAGUGCAUGGACUUUACUGGAUGGCUGUUCUUCAGUUUUGUAGUGUUAGUUUUGACUGAUGUGUUCAGAAACUGGAGGCCACACAGCUUUCCACCUGGUCCCUGGGCUGUGCCUUUUCUAGGAAAUGUAUUCACUGGAGUUGACUUCAAAACAAUGGAGAAGCUUGCUCAGGUGUACGGCCCAGUGUUCAGCUUGAGGAGAGGCAGUGAGAGGAUGGUGUUUAUUUCAGGAUACAAGAUGGUCAAAGAGGCUCUUGUUAACCAGCUGGACAGCUUUGUUGAUCGACCUGUUAUCCCUCUCUUCCAUGUUAUCUUCAAGGGCCUUGGCAUAGCUUUGAGCAAUGGUUACCUGUGGAAGAAGCAGAGGAAGUUUGCCAACACUCACCUGCGUUACUUUGGAGAGGGCCAGAAGUCACUGGAAAAAUACAUUGAAGUGGAAAGCAACUUCCUCUGUGAAGCUUUCAAUGAGGAACAAGGAAGGCCAUUCAACCCCCACUACAUCAUAACGAAUGGAGUGAGUAACAUCAUCUCCUCUGUGGUCUUCGGACACCGUUUUGAAUACAGCGACCAAAGAUUUCGCAAGUUCCUGGAAUUGGACAAUGAGGCCAUUGUGCUCGCAGGCUCUGCUCAGACUCAGCUGUAUGACGCCUUCCCUGGCUUGCUGAAGUACCUGCCAGGACCUCACCAGACUGUUCACGCCAACUACAAGGAGAUAACGAUUUUCCUCAAAAAGGAAGUAGAGAAGCACCAAGAAGAGUGGAACCCAGAUGACCCUCGAGAUUAUAUUGAUGUUUACCUGGCAGAGAUGGAGAAGAAAAAGGAGGAUCCCCAGGCUGGCUUCAACAUAGAAACCCUGCUGAUUUGCUUGCUUGAUCUAAUUGAGGCUGGGACAGAAACAAGUUCCACCACUUUACGCUGGGGCCUCGUAUACAUGAUGCACUACCCAGAGAUACAGGAGAAGGUCCAGGCAGAAAUAGACAGAGUGAUCGGACAGUCUCGUCAGCCCAACAUGGCCGACAGACCCAACAUGCCUUACACUGAUGCUGUCAUCCACGAGAUUCAAAGGAUGGGGAAUAUUGUUCCCCUUGGAUUCCCUAAAAUGGCCAGUAAAGACACAACACUGGGAGGAUACUUUAUACCCAAAGGCACAUUUAUUAGUACAAUCCUUGCAUCUGUGCUGUUUGAUAAGAAUGAGUGGGCGACUCCACAUGUCUUCAGUCCUGAGCAUUUCUUGGAUUCAGAGGGCCAGUUCCGCAGAAGAGAUGCAUUCUUACCGUUCUCAGCAGGUAAACGUGUGUGUUUGGGAGAGCACCUGGCCAGAAUGGAGCUGUUCCUGUUUUUUUCAUCUCUCCUCCAACGCUUCACCUUCUCUCCAGUAACGGGCGAAAUGCCCAGCUUAGAGGGCGUGCUGGGCUUCACCUAUUCCCCUGAGGAGUUCAGGAUGCACGCCUUGCCUCGCUGAUCAAUGAUCUCAAUGAUCUCUCUGAGACAACAGUCAAAGAUCCUAGAUUCAAAUCUUUUUUGUAUGUCAUCUUCAAUGACAUGAUGAUCAAAUAUCUGACUUUCUUCUGAAAACUAGCAUGUGUGAUAUGACCACCCAUAUGACCAAAAUAAAGUCAUGUAAAAAUAAAGAAAAUCACCAUGUCUGUGAAGGAGAUGGACAUUUUCAUGUUGUAAGUCAAAGACACCUUGAUUUGCUUAUUGUUUGAAGACCAGCUUUGUCACCUUUGAUUUGGUUCUUACAGGUAAUUAGACCACCUGUACUUCCAUUAUUUUGCCUGUGUAGACCUCUUCUUUUGUCUGCGUGGGUGCCUACCGUCACAAUUGUUUAAUUUUUCCCUGACUUUCCUGUUAGUUUUAUUGCAACUGAUGGGAAAGCCUACCUUACACAUGUGUCAUUAGCACAUGGCAUUUGGUGACUUCAAUGAAAAAAAGAACUGAAAACACCUGCGUGAGAGUACCGGGGACUUUGAGAUCAUAAAUAACAGCUUGCUACUAAUGUUACAGUUAACUUUGCACGUGUAACGUUUGUUGUAGUGGUAGCUAAUACAUUCUCACUUUGAAUGAAGAUGUUUAAAGAAACUAAAUAAAAAAUAUUGACUGUCCUACAA